UGCCGGCCAACGAGAUGUACCAACGUCCAAAGUAAUUAAUUCCCAGCGGGAAAUAGGAAUUAUGGCCAGUUCCAACAUUUCUACAGCUUUGUCGCUAUCUCCAAACCCCAUUCUCUAUCUGCAAAGCUGAGAUAGAAGCGCAACGCGCUACGCCACUUCAGGAGAUACUCUCGAGCUCUCCCACAAUUUGAUUGGCGGAGGCGGCGAGACUGGCAUGCCAAGCCAUGGAUAGCAUCAUUUAGUCGCGAGUCGUACGUACAUCUGCGGGCUAGGAACAAUUGAUUUGAAGUUUUGAUAGACGAUGGAUUGAUAGGCGUAUGCUGCGUCAUGGCACAGGAGAAUUUAUAUAAAGUCUGGUGAAAGCUUCAUUCUAUGUCCUGUUAUUUUCUGCAGAUUUCAACUUUGACUGACCUUGUUGGAGAUUGAACUUCCAAUCAACCUGACUUCGAGACCCAUCCCGGUCAUUAUAUGAAGAAGGAAUCUGGUGCUUUUGAGAAUAGACAUUGACUCAGCGUUUUCUAAGUUUCCGGCUUCAGGCUUCGCAAAAUGGGAGAUGUCCUGCAGCUGGUCGUCGGGAAUGGCGCCCCAAUCCUGGCAGGAUGUUUGGGCUACUUCCGACCCAUGGAUGCGGCUAAAAUCGUAGGUGGUGUUUUGACUAUUGGAGGAGCAGUUGGAUACCUCUACCCAAUUCCACGUAAGUCCUUCCAAGCUCCCAUACUUUCUAGUCUCCUCUCUACACUUCACUUUCUUCUACUUCACGCUGAGUCUGAAUUUGUGACUGAAACACUGACAUCCCACCCAGUGGCAAGGUUCUUCGGCAUUCCCUUCGCCAACUCAACAAACACACACUUCGUCCCCGGGAUCGGCGGUCGCAACACCGCUGCAGGAAUCACAGCUCUGACUCUCGCUUUCCUGGAAGAGAGAAGGGCGCUUGGAGUUCAGUUGGCCGUGUGGACGUUGGCUGGCUGGGCAGAUAUUGGGAUUUUGAUGUCGACGAAGGGAAGCGAGAAUGUGUUUGUUCAUACGAGGAAUAUUAUUGUGUUGAUGGUCAUCAGUUGGAGACUGUUGACGACAGAUAUCUAG